AGCAACGUAUUAAAGCCAUCUUAAUACGAAGGUGUAAACCUGACAUUAUGUUGGUCACUAUGGACAACAACUACUUUUGUAAACACACAAAGUUGAAUUGCUGGACAAGGAAAAACCGGACAAAUGGCUUUCCAUGAAAAUUGAGAAAAAUGAUAACAAAUUAAAGCGGUAAUCAUACAUUAGUGUUAAAUAUCGAGAAGAAAAAUGCGGGGCAUAUUAAAGUGGAUUGAUAAAGUUGAAUUUCCCAACGUAAAGGAUGAAAAUAUAAGUAUUCACAGCGUUUGCUAUAGUCCAGAUGGGUCUCAACUAAUUGUGGCAGCCAGGGAGAGAGUUUUAGUAUAUGAUCCCCAGGAUGGUACAUUGCUAAAUACUCUCAAAGCCCACAAGGAUGUUGUAAAUUGUGUGGCCUAUGCUAGAGAUGGCAAAAAAUUUGCCAGUGGAGCUGCUGAUAAGACGGUAAUACUUUGGUCGCCGGAGCUUGAGGGACUGCUUAAAUACUCCCAUGGCGAUUCUGUGCAAUGCAUGUCAUUCAAUCCCGUCUCUCAUCAUUUGGCGUCCUGUUCAACAUCGGAUUUUGCAUUUUGGUCUUCGGAUCAAAAGGCUGUACAAAAAUAUAAGAUAAAUUCGCGUGUCAACGCCUGUUGUUGGACCAAUGAUGGCCAAUAUUUGAUAAUGGGUUUGGCAAAUGGUUCCAUAACAAUACGCAAUAAAUCUGGCGAGGAGAAAGGACGUAUAGAUCGUCCCGGCGGAUCGGCAAGUUCAGUGUAUGGUGUAAAAUGUUGUCCCGCCACAGCUGAACCCAAUACCGACAUCAUUGCGGUUGUGGAUUGGAGUCAAACGCUGUCCUUUCACACAUUAAGUGGGCAAAUGGUGGGAAAAGAAAGGGCAAUUGGUUUUGAUGCUUUGUGUCUGACAUAUUUACCCAAUGGGGAGUAUUGUCUGAUAUCCGGUUGUACCGAUAGUCUGCAUUGUUAUACGCGUGAAGGUGUACGCCUAGGUACUUUGGGUGACAGCCUGGAGUCAUCAUGGAUUUGGUCUGUUGAUGUACAUCCUAAUGGACAGUCCUAUACAGUAGGUUGCCAGAAUGGUACAUUGGUCACGUACAAUAUAUCCUUCACCACGGUACAUGCUUUGUAUCGCGACCGCUAUGCCUUUCGUGAAAAUAUGUGUGAUGUUAUAAUACAACAUUUAAUAUCGGGUCAAAAGGUACGCAUCAAGUGCCGGGAUUUAGUACAAAAAAUUGCAAUAUACCGUGAGAAAUUGGCUGUUCAGCUGCCGGAAAGAGUGGUGUUGUAUGAGUUGAGCUCUGCAUUGGAACAGCCCAUGCACUAUAAGGUUAAGGAGAAAAUUCAAAAGAAGUUCGAUUGUAGUCUGUUGGUGGUGUGCGCCAGACACAUAGUCUUGUGCAAUGAUCGUCGCCUGCAAUGUUUGGAUUUCAAUGGCAUUCUGCAAAGGGAGUGGCUAAUGGAUGCAUUCAUACGUUAUAUGAAAGUUAUUGGUGGUCCGGCUGGCCGGGAGGGUCUUAUGGUGGGUCUUAAAAAUGGCAAGGUGUUUCGGAUAUUUUUGGACAAUGCCCUGCCGUUGCUGAUAACCACUGCCAUAUCGGCAGUGCGUUGCCUAGAUGUUAACGCCAAUCGUACAAAAAUAGCCGUAGUCGAUGAUGGGGGACGCUUGGUGGUGCGUGACAUUAACAAUGACGUUCUGCUCUAUCAGGAUACUGGUGUCAAUUCUGUUACAUGGAACACACAUUUAGAUAGCAUGUUGUGCUAUACACACACAGCUGGUGGUCUCACGGUCAGAGUGGGUAAUUUACCACCUAGAGCCCCACAACAUAUGCUUGGAGUUGUUGUGGGACUGUGUGGGGCCACGGCCUUCUGUUUAAGAGGAAAUGUUAUGCACAAUGUACCUUUGGCCUUAGGAGCAACAAUGUGGCAAUUUAUAGAGUCGGGGCUGUUUGAUGAAGCCUAUCAGGUGGCCUGUUUGGGUAUUACCUCAGCCGAUUGGGAAGGUUUGGCGAAAUCAGCCCUCGAAGCUUUACAUUUAAAAAUUGCCCGAGAUGCUUAUGUUAAAAUACGCAAUCUACCCUGGCUACAGAAAAUCGAUGAUCUAAUGGAAAAACAAAAACGUGGCCAAUUGCCGAAGGAAGUACUGCAGGCGGAAAUUAGUGCCUUCAAUGGCAAAUAUAAAGAAGCAGCGAGAUUUUUCGACAAAUGUAAUAUGCCACAGCGAGCUUUGGAAAUGUACAGUGAUCUCAGAAUGUUUGAUUUGGCCCAGGAAUUUAUUAGGGAUGGCAGUGCCGAAGAGAAAAAGGCCUUAGUUCGUAAGCGUGCCGAAUGGGCAUAUUCCGUCAAGGAACCCAGAGCGGCAGCGGAAUUAUUGCUAAGUGUGGGUGAUCAUCAGAAAGCCAUAGAAAUUGUCUCCGAACAGGGAUGGGCAGAUGUACUGUACGAUAUUGGCCGGAGACUGAGUCAAAGUGAAAGGGACUCUUUGGAAUUAGUGGCUAGCAAUUUGAAACGUUUAAAAGCCCUGCCUUUGGCCGCUGAGGUAUUUAAAAAAUUGGGUAAUGAAGCUGAAGUUGUGCAGUUACAUGUUGAGGCUCGCGAUUGGUCUGAGGCCUUCUUAUUGGCUGCCGAUAUUCCUGAACUAUUGCCACAGGUACAUUAUCAGCAUGGCCAAUGGUUGGCCGAGAAUGAUAAAUUUAUUGAGGCACAUGAAGCAUAUUUGAAAGCUGGCCGCAUCAAAGAUGCCAAUCGUUUACUGAAACAUUUAAGCAAUUCGUCCAUAGAAGAGGAACGUUUCUUGGAUGCCAGCUACUUUCAUUGGUUGCUUUCUAAGCAAUAUUUGGAUAUAUAUUAUGGCAAGGAAGAACAAAAUCCCAUAGAUUUCCACCUUAAGGAAUACAAUUCACAUUUGCGUAUAGCAAAAAUCUAUUAUGCCUUUUCGGUCAUCUAUAACUAUAUGAAGGAGCCCUUCACCACCUACUCGCCGGUAAGUCUGUUUAAUGUGUCGAGAUUCAUACUUAAUGAGGUGGAAUAUAAAGGUGCGCCCAGAGGUGUUAGUAUGUUUGCUGUCCUAUUCACCCUGGCUAAGCAAGCGAAAUUUUUACAAGCCAACAAACUCUGUCUGGUGGUUAAUAAGAGGCUACAAUCAUUGAAACCUCCAGCUGGUGUACAGGAACAAAUUGAUAUUAAUUACUUGAAUAGCAAAGCGUGUAAAAGUGGUUUCAACGAUCCCGAAGAACUGUUACCGUUAUGCUAUAAAUGCUCAAACUAUAGUCAACACUUGAAUGCAAAUUCUUGUCCCACCUGUAGGCAGGAUUAUAUUUUCUCUUUUAUUUCGUUUGAAAUUUUACCUUUAGUGCAAUUUUAUCCAGAAAUGGAUAUAACCGAUAAUGAGGCGGAGAGACUUUUAAUGGCUCCGCCGAAAAACAAUGAGGAUCAAGAUCCUUUCAAUGAGGAUACUGCAAGUGCCUUGCCAUCGUUAAGUCUGGACAGAAGUGCCUUACGUGCUAUAGACCCAAAUCAUGUUUUGAUAUUGAAACGCCGCUCACAACCAAAUAGUAAAUAUGUAUUUUAUCGUAAUAUAUUACCCGAUCUCCAAGUUACCUACUGUCCGGAAUGUUUGCUGGUAUUCUAUGCAGAAGAUUUUGAAUUGCAAGUCUUGCAAAAAGGACACUGUCCUUUUUGUCGAACGCCCGCCGACAAAUUAUUUGACGAAUUUUAGCAUCGAAAAUUAAAUAGCAUAAAUUGUAUUUAUUUUUUUCUAUAAAUGUAUAUUAAAUAACAAAGUUUA